AUGGCUUCUGUGCCUCGCCCAAUGCGGCUGCCUCCUGGCAUGUCUCUCGACCAGUUCUCCAGGUUCGUUACCAGAGCCCAUGAUAUCUGCGGCGCAGAAAAUGUUCGCAUAAUUGAAAAGUCGGACCCUCUCCACGACGGCUCAUAUAUGGACCCAUGCAAAGGCCACGACAUGCACGCGGUACUCGAGAAGGACUACUUCGUCGCCUCGGCCGUAAUCUUCCCCCGCGAAGUGCCGGAAGUGCAAGCGCUUAUGCGACUGUGCAACGAGUUCGAGGUGCCGGUAUGGCCGUACUCGAUCGGUAGGAACACGGGAUACGGCGGUGCGGCACCUCGAGUGCCGGGCAGUAUUGCCAUGGAUCUGGGGGUGCAUAUGAACAAGAUUCUCGAUGUCAACGUCGACGACGCAACUGCGCUAGUGGAGCCAGGUGUCACCUUUAUGGGAUUACAUCAGUACCUGGAGAAGCACAAGCUCCGCGAUCGUGUGUGGCUAGAUGUUCCUGAUCUGGGAGGAGGCUCCAUCAUCGGUAACGCGGUAGAGCGUGGUGUUGGCUACACACCGUACGGGGAUCAUUGGAUGAUGCACUGCGGGCUAGAAGUUGUCCUGCCCAGCGGAGAGCUCAUCAGGACUGGUAUGGGGGCUAUGCCGGACUCAGAUGACCCAUCGAUACAGCGAAUGAGACCAGACCAACAACCGCCCAACCGAGCAUGGCAGUUGUUCAACUAUGGCUUCGGCCCCUACAAUGACGGCAUCUUCACCCAAAGCAGCCUCGGAAUCGUGGUAAAGAUGGGGAUAUGGCUGAUGCCCAACCCUGGAGGAUACCAAGCGUACAUGAUCACCCUCCCAAGCGACGCCGCCCUCUCCGCAGCGCUCGACCUCACCAAGCCCCUCCGCGUGGGCAUGGUUCUCCAGAAUGUCCCGACUUUCCGGCACAUCCUCCUUGACGCCGCAGUCUACGGCCCCAAAUCUACCUACUCCGACUCCGACAAACCACUUACGGAAGACGACCUCGACGCCAUCGCCAAAAAGCUUGACCUUGGUCGCUGGAACUUCUACGGCGCCGUCUACGGCCCUGAACCCGUACGCAGUGUCCUUCUGAGCGUCAUAAAGGAUUCAUACCUUAGCAUACCUGGAACGAGAUUCUAUCUGCCCGAGGACAGGAACGAGCCCCGCAGCGUCCUCAAGACCCGUUCCAACACCCUCCAAGGCAUCCCCUCCCUCGAUGAACUGAGAUGGGUCGACUGGCUCCCCAACGGCGCCCACCUCUUCUUUUCACCCAUCGCCAAGAUCUCCGGCGCGGACGCAAUGGCGCAGUAUGAUAUCACGGCCGCACGCUGCCGCGAAGCGGGACUCGACUUUAUUGGCACCUUUGUUGUCGGCAUGAGAGAGAUGCACCACAUCGUCUGCAUCGUGUUUAACCGCGAAGACCCGAGUUCGAGGAAGAGAGCGCACUGGCUGAUCAGGACACUGGUGGACGAUUGUGCGAAGAGGGGGUGGGGAGAGUAUAGGACGCACCUGGCACUCAUGGAUCAGAUUGCGGGAACCUACAAUUUCAAUGACAACGCGCAGAUGAAGCUCAAUGAGACUAUCAAGAAUGCGCUUGACCCGAAGGGCGUUCUGGCGCCGGGGAAGAAUGGAAUUUGGCCAAAGAGCUACAACAAGGCUGACUGGGCUAUUAGUGUUGAUGGGGAGGUCAAGGGGGCGAAAGGCAACGAGUCGAAGCUGUAA